GAUGCAAUAUGCCCACUUCAAGUGUUAUUUGAAAGUGGGGAUGCCAGAAAGACGGAAGAAAAUGCAGCCCCGGCUACUGCCAAGACAAGUAGAGGAUUAUUAAUUUUAUAACAAAAUAAAAAAAGACUAGCGUCUUCAUUCAUAAAUCUUUUAACGAAGUUUUAACAGCACCGUCUCAAAUGUGUUGAAGUAUUUAGAACUGAAUUAUGUCCUGACCCCUGUGAAAUAGGCUACUUCUUGCCCUGGCUCAUGCACAUUUUCAAGGUAAAUAAUUGAAUUGGGCAUUUCACGCGCUCUUACGCCAUCUUGUGGUAAAAAAAAUAAGCGCACGAGACCCUUUUGUGUUCCAUGUAUAUUGUACUUUCCGACUUGCCGUACUUGGCAAAAUAACAAAAUGGCUGCCCCCUUGAGGAGUCUGUGUAGCACAGCCCUGAAACAUUAUUGUCGCUCAUUUUCAUCCACGAGCUGUACUCCAGCGGGUCAGAUUUGGCGAGAGAGUUUCGGGUUACCAUCAAAGGGAUCUGAAUAUGGUCCUCUGACAGAUUUGCCUGACUGGUCGUAUGCAGAUGGAAGACCAGCACCACCCAUGAAAGGACAAGUACGCAGGCAGCAACAGAGGGAAGCUUUUGCGAGACGAGUGGUGGCUUUAAAUUCAGAAGUCGAUGCAGGAAUGCAGCAGUGGCAAGACAAAAAGGACGCUGAGGUGCAAGCAGAAGAACAUAGGAAAUAUCUCAUACUGAAGCCGAAAGGAAACCAUAAACUGAAGAAAAAAUAAACAUAUGAUUGUAUUACAAGA